AUGUCUAGCGGAGAGGUGCUCAAGGCGGACAAGGACUUCAGCAAGGAGGCCGACGCCCAGAUUCCAGAGGCUGAGAAGCUCGGAUCAAGCAACCCACAAGCUGCUAUCGACCAGCUGCUUCCGCUCGAGAAGAAGACACGCCAGGCUUCAGAUCUUGCGUCUACUUCCCGCGUCAUCAUCGCCAUCGUCACAAUAGCCAAGAAGGCAAAUGACUGGAACCUCAUGAACGAGCAGGUGCUUCUGCUCUCGAAGAAGCAUGGGCAGCUCAAGCAAGCCACCACCAAGAUGGUGCAGACCGUCAUGACCUUCCUCGACGAUACUCCGAACCUCGACACAAAGCUCUCCGUCAUCGAGACGCUGCGGACAGUGACUGAGGGCAAGAUCUUCGUCGAAGUCGAGCGCGCUCGAGUUACACGGAUAUUGUCCGACAUAAAGAAGGAGCAGGGCGACAUCAAAGCGGCCACAGACAUCCUCUGUGAGCUUCAAGUGGAGACAUUCGGCUCCAUGACCCGACGAGAAAAGACCGAGUUCAUCCUGCAGCAAGUCGCUCUUUGCAUAGAGAAGGGCGAGUGGACACAGGCUGGCAUCUUGAGCAGGAAGAUCAGCAAGAAGUACUUCCAGCGCAGGCCGAAGAAGACACCCGAGCAGCUGGAGAAGGACCAGAAGGAGCGCGAGGAGAAGGAGAAGACCCGCAGCGCAGACGACCCGCCAAUCGAGCCUGAGGACGAUGUCACAGACCUCAAGUUGAAGUACUACGAGCAACAGAUCACAUUGGCAAAGCACGACGACAAGUACCUUGAGGUCUGCAAGCAUUACCGACAGGUGCUGGAUACCGAGGCUGUCGAGGAGGACCCUAAGAAGCUCCGCGCGAUUCUCCAGCGCGUCAUCUACUUCGUCAUCCUCGCACCGUACGACAACGAGCAGUCCGACCUCAUUCACCGCAUCCAGCGCGACACACGCAACUCACAGAUUCCACAAGAUGCACAGCUCGUGAAGCUUUUCACCAUUCCUGAGCUGAUGAGGUGGCCCAUGGUCUCUAAGCAGUUUGGCCCGCAUCUGACAGACACGGACGUUUUCGACGCGGAAAAGGACGAUUCGGACGAUGAGAAAGCGCACAAGAGGUGGCAGGAUCUGCGAAAGCGUGUCAUAGAGCACAACGUUCGCGUUGUCGCCAAGUACUAUACACGCAUUCAGAUCCCUCGUCUGACCGAGCUUCUGGACCUGACUGAGGACGAGACAGAGAAGUACAUCAGCGAUUUGGUCACUGCAAAGACGAUCUACGCCAAGAUCGACAGACCGGCGCGCAUCGUCACCUUCUCUAAGCCCCGCGACUCAGAUGACAUCCUGAAUGAGUGGAGCGGGAACAUGAAGAGCCUGCUCGGCCUUCUUGAGCGAGUCGAUCACCUCAUCACCAAGGAGGAGAUGAUGGCGCGCAUUCAGCCGACAAAGGUCGACAAGAAGGCGAUCAAGGGAAAGGCCAAAUGA